AAAACAAUAAAAUACCCAUAGAACAAACUGUAAGGUUUCCAUUAAAAUAAUACUACAAGAAAUAAAAAAGAGAAAGCGACUUUUUCUUCAUAUUCAGCCUCUGAGAGAAGAAGAAAGAGGGAAUGCUUUGAAUUUGGAAGUUAAAAAAUUCUUCAAUUGCGUGAAAUCCAUUUCCAUCUUUGCCUUCGGAUUUCUCGAUCAUACAAAAACAAAAACCCCAACUCUUCUCCACCUUCAAUUUUGACUCUAAACCUCCACAAUUCUGUCUGACCGGACCCGACCAAUUGAUAACUGCAAUGGUCGAUCUUUCCGAUACAGCUGCCGGAAACGUUGAAGCUGACGGGAAAGACAUACCCUGCACCUCAUGUGACCGCCAAACUUUACUCCACCAGUCCAUGGGCGGCGGUAAAGCGGCUGAUAUUCUUCUGUGGAAACAGUGGCAUGUUUCUUUCGGCAUUAUUGUUGUUUCUACGGUAUUUUGGCUUCUAAUUGAGCACUCUGGAUUGCCAUUGUUGACAACAUGUUCGGAUGUCUUGCUGAUUUUGGUUGUCCUAUUGUUUCUUCGUGCCAACUACGCUGCAUUCCGAAACAAGCAACUUCAAACAUUACCGCAGCUGGUACUGUCGGAGGAGUUUGUCAACAACGUAGCAGCAUCGCUUCGGGCGAAAAUCAAUAACACGUUACUUAUGGCUCAUGAUAUCACACUUGGCAAUGAUUUCAAACUCUUUUUCAGGAUGGUGAUCGGUUUGUGGCUUUUAUCCGUCGUUGGUAGCUACGUUUCUUUCUUCACCUUUGCAUAUAUUGGAACAAUCAUCUCAAUAACCAUCCCUGCUUUGUACAGCAAAUACGAUAAACAUGUUGACAGAUACUGCGGAAUGAUCCGCCAACAAUUUAGAAAGCAUUAUCGAGUGAUGGAUGAGAGUGUUUUCAGCAGACUCCCUGGUAAUUUAUCCAAGGAUAAAAAUCAGUGAAGAAACUCUGCCUUUAAUUUUCUAUAGUUUAACUGAAACCACAGGAAAAUUGUAACAAUGUUUCAUCACGAAGGAAUGCCUUGUUAACUGGAUUCUUGAAGGUUAUUGCUUGGCCAUGUGUAUUUCAUACCCCAAGGUUUAAUGAUUUCAACCAUUCUAGAUCA